AUGAUUAUCUUAUUGCAUUGUACUUAUAAAACGUUCAAGUGAAAAAGAAGAAGAAAUUUAAUAAAUAAUUUAAUAAUUAAUUUAAUUCAAUAAUUAACGAAAUCAUUUUUUGACAAUGGGAAUAAAAGAAUUUAAAAUCUUAUUUGAUAAUCCUGUUAAAACAUAUAGUCCUGGAGAAACUAUUAGCGGACGAGUCAUAUUAGAUUUAGAUUCAGUUAAAAAAUGUCGAGGGAUUAAAGUUAAAGUAAGUGGAAAAGCUUUAACUCGUUGGGCUAGACUAUAUGCUUAUGGAACCAGAAAUGUUCAGGGUCGUGAGAAAUAUCUUUCAUCAAUUUUCUACAUUGCUGGAGGAAAAUCUGUUGAAAUCAAUUUAAAUUCAGGUGAACACAUAUUUCCAUUUGAAUAUGUUUUACCUACAAAUUUACCAACUAGUUACGAACUAAAAUUAUUAAAUGAUCAAGCACACAUCCGAUAUAUUGUUAAAGCUAUUAUUGAUUGGCCAUGGAAAUCUGAUAAUGAAAUAGAAGCUGCUUUUACUGUUAUAUCCAAAUAUGAUCUAAACGCUGAUCCUUUUGCUUUAUGUUCAUUUCAGGAACAAAUUUUCGAAGAAAGAACAAAAACAUUUGGAAUUUUUUCAAGUUCACCUCCAUUGACUGCUUCUUUGUCAUUACCAUUUAGAGGAUAUGUUCCAGGACAAAUAAUCCCAGUCUCUUGUAAUGUGAACAAUCAAUCGGGUAUAGAAAUUAAUGACAUAAAACUGCGAAUGAAAAUGUAUGCAACAUUCUCAUCAACUCCUUUUCGAUCAAUCAAAAAGAUAGUUAGUAAAACAAUUGUCAAAGAAAGGAUGGAAAAAAUUGAAAGAGAUUUCUUAAGCUUCAACCACGAAAUUAUAGUUCCUCCUAUACCACCUUCAAAUAUUGGUACAACUUGUAACAUAAUUUCGAUUGCAUAUACAAUUGAGCUUGAAGUGGAAGUCAACAAAGUGCUUAGUAUAAAUUUAAAAGUUUCUGCUCCUAUUGUAAUAGGAACUAUUCCUCUAGCAAACUGUUUAUCAUUUGCAAAUUCUUUAUCAAUAAAGAUUUCACCAGUUUAUGAAAAAUCAACAUUUGUCGUUGAACAAUUAACGGAAGAAAACGAUACAGAACAUACGAUGAGUUUAUUUGCACCGAAAUAUCCAGUUUACAGUUUUACUGCUUUUCAAGAAGAUAAAUAGUUCUACACUGUUAAAAAUAUCUACGGGGAAUUUAAUAUACUUGUAUAUGAAGUACACAGUAAACUUGGUUGUCUCUUUUUCUAUUGCAACGUUUUGAUGCACAUAAGUUAUAUCAAAAAGAGAUCGUUUUGUGUAUCAUUUUUAGAAAUGAUACACGAAACGGUCUCAUUUUUUGAUGCAAAAAAUUUAAUCAAUUUAUAUCAAUCAUGGCCGAAUUGAAUCGACUCAAAAUUCAACGAAUUUUUUUCAGAUAUUUUGGUAAUAGUACAAUUGCGGAGACCAUUGCACUAUUUAAUUUGAAUAUGAAAAUAACAGAAAAUCAAAGACAAUGUGCAAUUCGAUAAUUAAAAAGUGACAACUUAUAAACAUAACCUAAAAUGCAUGAGAAAAAAUUUGUCGAUAAAAUCAAUAUAGCCGAGCUUUUUAGAAGGUAGAUGGCAGUUUUGCUUUUUAUAAAAACGAUUCAGAAAAAAUUUAAAAAAAGAAAAUAGAUGAGUGCUGCCAUCUACCUUCUAAAAAGCUCGGCUAUAUUGAUUUUAUCGACAAAUUUUUUCUCAUGCAUUUUAGGUUAUGUUUAUAAGUUGUCACUUUUUAAUUAUCGAAUUGCACAUUGUCUUUGAUUUUCUGUUAUUUUCAUUUUCAAAUUAAAUAGUGAAAUGGUCUCCGCAAUUGUACUAUUAACAAAAUAUCUGAAAAAAAUUCGUUUAAUUUUGAGUCGAUUCAAUUCGGCCAUGAUUGAUAUAAAUUGAUUAAAUUUUUUGCAUCAAAAAAUGAGACCGUUUCGUGUAUCAUUUCUAAAAACGAUACACAAAACGAUCUCUUUUUGAUAUAACUUAUGUGCAUCAAAACGUUGCAAAGAUUUGAUGCAAUUUUUGGUCUCAAUUUGAGACUGUUAGGAAAACUGUGUAAUUUGCAUAUACCGUAUAUUAAAUUUAAUAUACCACAAUGUUGUGAUAUUAAUAUACAGGUAUAUUAAUAUCAAUAUAUUUGUGUAUAUUAAAUUUAAUUUACUGCGGUAUAUUAAUAUUAAUAUACCGGUAUAUUAAAUUUAAAACAUCAAAAUCUCAUGCUAAAAUGAUUAUAAAAAAAAUAAUUUAAACAAUUAAUAAAAAUAAACAUUAAUUGUAACUAAUACUAUCAUUUAUAAUUUUAUCUACUUGUAUCUUUUACGUUCGAAUCUCAGAAUUAAAUUAAAAUUUGAACCCUACGGGGAUUGAACUCAGGUGCACCUACCUAAUCUAAGACCUAAAGCUAACGCUUUAACUACCGCGACUAAAUAACCGAAUUAGUAGUUAAUAUUCGCACUGUCUAUAUAAACUGUAACUGCUGAAGACAUAAGAUUGUGUAAAAUAUUUAAACAUUUCGAUUUAGUUAUUAUACAAAAUUAAAGAUAUAUUUAAAAUAAAAAUUUAUUACUUAUUUAAAAUACAAUUAGUGUCUCUA